AUUUUUAUAUUAUAUUGUGAAUAAAUUUUAUUUAUUUAUAAAGUAUUUUUAAGAAUAAUUUUUCUUAAUUAUCAAAAUAAAUAGUAUAAUAAAUAUUUAUAUAUAUUAAUUUAAAUUUGUACAAUAUUUUGAACCACUUUUUAUCCACUUUCACCAUUCAAACAUAUGUUUUGAACCGUUAGAUUCACUUGAUCCACGCUUGUACUACUCGAUACGCUUGAUCUACUCUUGUUCUACUCGAUCUGUUAGAUCCGCUAGAACCGCAACUUGAUCCGCUUUCUGCAUUCGGAGCCUUAAGUCUACUCCAAUAGUGGACAAAAGUAAACGCGCACACAGAAGCGUUUUUGACAAAGAACAAAAACGACGACGUUUUUAGUCGAGCAUAAACCCACGAUGUCAAGGGUUUUAGUCGUUGACCAUUCGUCUUCCCCUUUCAGCCAUGCUUGGGUCGAGAGCUCUGUUCUGCGGAAGAAUCUGGAAUCAUUCUCUGUUUCCGAAACGUUCUGGAAACUUCCGAGCGAGUUUCUCGACGAAACGGGUCGGGACGCAUAAUGGAACAUUCCAUUGCGACGAAACCUUAGCUUGCUUCAUGCUUCGUCUCUCCUCCAGAUUCUCUGGUGCCCAGAUCGUCCGUACCAGAGAUCAUCAGGUAUUGGAGAAGCUUGAUGCGGCUCUUGAUGUUGGUGGUGUGUAUGAUCCUGAGAGUGAACGUUAUGACCAUCACCAGAAAGGCUUCACUGAAGUGUUUGGACAUGGGUUUAAUACUAAACUCAGUAGUGCAGGGCUUAUCUAUAAGCACUAUGGCUUGGAGAUAAUUGCUAAGGAGCUUCAGCUUGAUCAGAAGCAUCCUGAUGUGCAGCGAUUGUUUCUAGCUGUGUACAAAAACUUCAUUGAGGCAGUAGAUGCUAUUGACAACGGCAUCCAUCAAUACGACACUGACCAGCCUCCAAGAUAUGUAAACAACACAAGCCUGGCGCAUAGGAUUGGAAGGUUGAACUUAGACUGGAUUGAGCCUGAUCAGUCUAGUAGCAAAGAAGAUGAAGCCUUUCAUCGGGCAAUGGAACUUGCUGGCUCUGAGUUCUUACAGUGUGUUCAUUUUCACGGAAGAUCAUGGUUACCAGCUCGGUCAAUUGUUAUGGAGUGUCUUGCAGAACGUCAUGAUGUAGACUCCAGCAGAGAAAUCAUGAAGCUCAACAAACAAUGCCCAUGGAAACUCCAUAUAUUCGAGCUUGAGGAAGAAAUGAAGAUUGAUCCUCCCAUAAAAUAUGUCCUUUACCAGGAUGAUAGAAGCGAAAACUGGAGAAUCCAGGCGGUUUCGGUUUCACCGGACAAGUUUGAGAGCCGUAAAGCUUUGCCAAUUUCAUGGAGAGGUCUUGAAAAGGAGAAGCUCUCAGAGGAAAGUUCAAUUCCGGGAUGUGUGUUUGUGCAUAUGAGUGGUUACAUUGGUGCAAAUCGGAGCUAUGAAGGUGCCUUGGCAAUGGCAAAAGCCUCUUUGAUUGCUUAGUUUCCAUGUAUAACCCAACCCAAAGAUGAGUUCUGGUUCUUUGGUUUGAACCGGUCUACAAACAUACGAUUAGAACAUGUUUAUUGCAGGUCUUUUAGAUUGGGUCUCUUAGCGUAAUAUAAAAUGCGGUAUCUUAGUUUUUAACUAAAAAAGCUAAGAGACGUCUCUUAUAUAUCUUAUUUAAGAGACGUUUCUUAGAUUUUUUAGUUAAAACUAAGAGACUAUAUCUUAUAUUACGCUAAGAGACCUAACAUAAGAGACCUACAAUAAACAUGCUCUUAGAAUCUCAGAGGUUAUAGCUAAAAUUAUAUUGGUUAUUAUAUUUUGAUUGAUUUAGAAAUCCAUAUAGUAUUUAUAAAUCCAAGUAAAAUAUGUAAAUCCGGAGGUUUUUCCUUGGAUUUCAGUCUUUGUAUUUUUAACUAAAAAAUCUAAACAAAUUCAUUCAAAUCUAUUAUAAAAUCAAAUAUAUUUUAAAUCCGUACGAUUGAAUAACAUUUGAUUUAAUAUAGAAUUUAUGAAUCAUUAAACCAAUAACACAUGAUUUUAAUACAGAUUUUAAAAUCACAGAACUAAUAACACUAAAUUUAGUUCGGAUUUUCAAAUAUAUUCAAAUACAACAACCAAUAACCCCUAGGCCCUAAGUAACACGAUACAUUUUUGUUAACCAUUUUGAUAAAAUUUGCUUGCAUUUAUAACUUUUGAUUAGAAAAAAAUAACCUCUAAUUUAGUUUUUCAUCUCGUAGUUCUUUGUACAACCUUUACACAAUACGAGUUGCCUAAAACAGAUAAUAUACUCUAAAUACAAUUGAUACAAACAGUAAAAAUGAUGCAUAAAAUCAGUCUUGAUAUAUCCUGUAAUUGUUCCUUAAUCUCCUUGAUAUCAUCCUCCAAUAAAACACAGGUGGAUAAUUUUUCUGAGAGUGUUAUUGCAAUAAAAUACCUCUUGAAAUAAUGAACAUUCCAAGUGCCAGAAAAAAAGGUGAUGAACUUCAAAGUGAAGAUUAUCAAUCACAAUGGCCAACUAUCACAAAGAAAACUUACUAUCUAUUUAUUCUACAAGGGAGGCAAAUUAAAAACAUUGAUUAUCGUAAACUCAAAUUUUUGUUCAAAUAAAAAAGAUGAUGAAUGAAACAUGAGUAGAAUUACAGUUUAAUAAAUGUGAACAGUACAUACAAUUCGAAGUUAAAUAAUCCAAAUGCAUGUUUGAUAGUAAACUUGGUCAGUUGGUUGAUUAAACAAAAAAAAAACCUAGUCAGUUGAAGCCAACAAAUAUUUUCUGAUUGUUCCUUUUUAUUUAUGAUUUAAUAUUUUUGGAAAUUUAGUUAUAAUUUGUAAUAAAUAUGUCAAUCAAUACUAUUAAAAUAGAAGCACUUUUUCUCUAUUUACAAAUAGUUUAGGUUAGACCUUAACAUUUAUUUAACUUCCUAUUUUUUUCUCAUACAACUAACUUAGUUAUUACUAAACAUAUAUCAUAUGUUACCUGUUAUUUUAAUAUUUUCAAAAGAAGAUAUCUAAAAGGAUAUUCUUAAGUAUCGUUUUAUAAAAUUGCAUUUUAAUAAUACCUUUUAUUACCUUUUUAUUGAAAAUAUAAAUAUACAUUUCUUUUUAAUAUGUACUUUUAAAUAAUAAAAUUAAUAAUAAAUAUUAAAUAUAAUUAUAAACGAAUAUUCAUUAAUUUCUUUUAUUUAUAGAAUAAGAAAUAACAUUCCUAUAAUAUUAUAUUCAUAAUUAAAUUACUACACCAAUUAAUAAAUGUAAACUAACUUAAUCCAUUUAUUGACUAUUUUAUACAUUAUAAAUUUAAAUAAUAACAUAGAUUCAUGAAUUUUACAACAUACUUCAAUUUAUUAAACCAAAAUAUUAAAUUAAGGUAUAUAAACUAAUAAAUAAUUUUAUAUUUUAAUAUACAUAUU